AUGUCUGGGAAGUAUAACGAAACACUCUUGAACACUCUUGGAAUCUUCCGGGACGCCAUCGGCCUCCUUAAGGAUAAUAGCAACACACAGGGCUUACACAAUUUCCUCGAUCAUAUUGAUGCAUACUGCUUUCUCUUGAGAGACUACCUCACCAACAAGAUUUCUCACUCCGAACCCAUAGUUCGUACGAUCUUUGAGAAACUUGGAUCAUUCCUCCGGUCCCCCGAUCCGCUAGACAAAAAGCACUCACUUAGAAAGAUGAACACGCUGAGAAUGAAUUGGGGAAAGUCUAAAACGCAAGAAGAAAAGGUGUCACAUAUACAAAACUGCUUGGGUUUAAACUCUGCUGAGAGACGUGAGGAAAUGAUUCUUCUAUUUCGAGGCUUUGUCACCGCAAUCCAGUCCCAACUAUUGACCAGUGCCCACACCCGACGUGACAACCACAUAUCGUCGAAGAACAUAUUGAAGCCAUUGUACUCUGUGCGCAUUGGUGCUGUCAGUGCAUUCGAGGCGCUCGAUAUCUCCUCGAAAGCGUGCUCUCACAGCCAUAAGUCUGCUGCUAGGCUCCGGUUAGCAACACAUCGUCAACAAAUGGAGGACCGAUGUCGGUUUGACACCUUAGUCUCGCUUGAUAAGGCUUGCCAUGCAUGGCACGAAAUUCAAAUCCAGGCUACCCUGUCUAGUGCAGCGCCAAAGAAGAAACCAAUGACCGAGUCUGCGUCACUUCAAAAUAACUGCGCGAACAGAAGAGCACUCACCCACCGUCGACUUGCAGUGGAGAGACUGUGUGAGCAGAUAGAGAAGAUUAAGUCUAAGCCGCUUAUGCGACUCAAUCUGCUAGUCGAAGAUGGGAAACUCUGGAAGAAUCAAUCAUCAAAAAGUGAACAUCACGUCGACCGAUCGGACUCCCUAUUGUCCUUGAAAGAUAUCGUCGAGUCCCGUCCUACUAGUCUGACUGAGAAAGUGAAGCGAGUUCUGGCAGUCUUUCUGGCUUAUUCGCUUCUACAUCUCCGCGGAACGCCGUGGCUGAGGCCGUCCAGCUUCAAGGCGGCGAACAUUAUGUUCUACAGUACUUCAACCGCGAUACCCCUAAAACCGUAUAUCCAUGUGUAUUUUGCGGAGACAGAUGGCUCUUCGGGACAGCCAAAUGAGACGGAUGAGGGGAUUGACCCGGAUGACCUCCCAAUGCACCCAUUCCCCGAUAUUGUCAUGUUGGCCAUGCUUCUCAUGGAAAUCUACAUGAUUCAGCCAAUUGAAUCAUUGGCUGAGCAAGUGGACAUGCCGAUAGCAGAUUGGAGCUGUGUCGAUGAAAACACAAAUUAUCUAAUUGCCGUCGCCGUCUUCGAUCGGUUCAAAGCAGAUUUCACAGAUAGUUACCGAGGCGCGGUUGAUAGGUGCCUAGACCCAAAUAUUGGAUUCAAUGACAACGACGAAGAGCUCAACCAAGAAGAUUUGAACAAUUUGAUAUACGAAGAGGUAGUACAUCCCCUUGAGAAUGAGCUGGACCGAGGAUUUGGCAACACGAUACAAAUAGACAAUCUGGACGAACUGGCUCAGACUAUAGAUAUGAACAGAUUUGGACAAAUGCCACACAGUCAACAGCAUUCUCCUCAGGUUAGAGAUACCAAAUCGGUUCCCGGGGAUCUCAAUGGCCCAAGCACACCUGUCUUACCUCCUAAUCUAAACAACAUUUUGGAAACCGGAAAGGCCCCAAAUCAUCCUACUCAUAGGCACCAAGACUACACUAUCGGAUGGAUCUGCGCCCUCCCGAACGAAAUGGCCGCAGCACAAGCAAUGCUCGACGAGCACCACGCAUCUUUACCGAAAGACGCAAAUGACAAGAACACAUACACACUAGGACGCAUGGGUGUGCACAACGUUGUCAUGACAUGCCUCCCUGCAGGUGUUACAGGCACUGUCGCAGCAGCCCGAGUCGCAGGCCACAUGCGGUCUACCUUUCGAGGGACUAGGCUAGGUCUAAUGGUUGGAAUCGGCGGCGGGGUGCCUGAUGUGCAUGAUAUCCGAUUCGGAGAUGUGGUGGUUGGAGUGCCCAGCGGGUGUCUUGGAGGAGUGGUCCAGUACGAUUUUGGCAAGACGGUGCAGGACCACAAGUUUCUUCGCACAGGCUCCCUGAACAGGCCUCCUGAUGAGCUUCUGUCAGCUGUUUCCCGACUGAAAGCGGACCACCUUUGCGGCAAAGUCAAUAUCGAGAACUAUAUCAACGAGACGUUUGAGGAUUCGCAGCUGAGCACUGAAUUCUCCUACCCUGGUGCGGAAAAUGAUCUCCUUUACCAGAAUGACUACGACCACGCUCCUGCCAACGAUAACGACGACUGCCAGAAAUGCGAUCCAACGAAAGUUGUCCUGCGAAAACCCCGAAAUUCAGCAUGUCCGCGUAUUCAUUACGGUCUUAUCGCUUCUGGAAAUCAAGUAAUGAGGCAUGGUACAACCCGCACUCGCCUGGCCAAAGAACUGGGAGCUAUCUGCUUCGAAAUGGAGGCCGCCGGCCUGGUAGAUUCAUUCCCUUGUCUCGUGAUUCGAGGCAUCUGCGAUUAUUCCGACUCGCAUAAGAACAAGCGAUGGCAGGGCUAUGCGGCGGUGACAGCGGCAGCCUACGCGAAGGAACUUUUGAGUGUGAUACCUAAGAGCCAUGGUGAUGUGGAGACUACCACGGUUUGGUAG